ACAUUUUUUUUUGUCAUUUUUAUUGCUUAAUUUGAUGCGGGUUACUUCAGUGUUGCUGCUAUGGCUGUUUCCUUUUUCUUCCAUUUCUAAUUUGGGAAAUGUGGUAUGCAUGGUUGUGAAAUCCCUGGUUCUCACUGUAUGUUGUUUUCCUUCGUUUUUCUGUAAUUUUUUAUAAUCACCUGUGACACUCUUGUGGAGUUGUUUUUAUCUGUUCGCGACCUUAAAUUAUUGAGAGUAAUGCCCUUUGAAUUGAACGCCUAAACUUCAAAGUCUUAUGGGUGUCUAUUAGAUUGGGAAAUCAUCAUCUCUACGCCUGUGAAAUACUUUUCAGAUUCUCAAGAUGGGUGAAUUUGUAGUAGUCUAAUUCCUAAGUGGGAGAUUUAACAGUUUGUAGAUGAGACUACCGGUUCUAUAGACUUCAUCUUAUGCUUGAUUUUUGAAUGUACCAACAAACAUUCAAAUUGAAGUUUAACUCGGGCCUUUUCUGUUACACUUCCGAUAUGCACUUCAUAUAGGAAGGCCUUGGGAUAUGUUUUAGGGAAGAAGUUAUUCCUGUUUGUUUUACUUGGUAUUUGGUGAAGUAAGCAUUGCUUGGAAUAGCCAUCCAUUUUCUAACUCGCAAGGGUUUGUGUAUUGGACUUCAAACAAGUGGAAUGGUUUGAAUUCUUGUGCUGAUAUACUUGAAACAAGUCCAUUUGUCUGCCACUAUGACUUUUGUAUUGUAAUGACACCAUGCUCCUAGGACUUUGACAUUAGCUGGGAUUUUGGACAAAUGCGACAUAUAGGGAGAAGCUAUGAAUCUUGCUUUUUGUUAGCUUAUUUGUUUUGUUCCUCUCCAAUGAUUUGAGAUCUUCAAAUAACAGUCAUGAGUACUAAUUCCCCCGUGGGCAUCAAAGAUCAGAAGGACAAACACAAUUUCCUUCUUGAGGUUUCUAAUGCAGAAAAACAGUUGUGGGUACUGAUCCAAAAAAAAGGUUUGUUGCAAUCCGAGGUUCAAGAGUUAUAUAGAAAGAUCUGUUCUAGUUAUGAGAAAAUUCUCCUAAAUGUCCAAGAAGGAGAACUUCAGGAUAUUGAAUAUUCUCUAUGGAAGCUUCACUAUAAGCAUAUUGAUGAAUUUCGUAAAAUAAUGAAGAAAAGUUCCAUCGACUCAGAGACUACAACAUUACUGGCACCACAAAAUGUUGCUGCUGUGAAGAGAAGCACUGAAAAUCAUGUCGAUGGAUUUAAUUCAUUUCUUUCAGAAGCAGCUGAAUUUUAUAGCAGUUUGAUCAUCAAACUCAGGACAAGCUACGGGCUACCAGAAGAAUUGUCUAUCUCUGGAGGGGGUUGUAUGUUCACUUCCCUUGAACAGAAGAAAGUACGGAUAUGUCAAUUUUUAUGCCAUCGCUUUCUAGUUUGUCUUGGAGAUAUUGCCAGAUACAGAGAACAAUAUGGAAAACCUGGCAAAGAAAAGCACAACUGGUCGAUUGCAGCCAGCCACUACUUGGAAGCAACGAUGCUUUGGCCUGAUAGUGGAAACCCUCAGAAUCAGUUGGCAGUAUUGGCAACGUAUGUUGGCGAUGAAUUUCUUGCUUUGUACCAUUGUAUACGAAGUUUAGCUGUAAAAGAACCUUUUCCUGAUGCAUGGAAUAACCUCAUUUUGCUAUUUGAAAGGAACAGGUCAUCUCAUUUGAUUUCUCUUUAUAGCGAUGGCCGCUUUGAUUUCCUAAAACCAUAUGAAAGAAGCAUCGUCCAGGCAAAAUCACAUUCAUGUGAUGAUAACUCAAAAAGCAAUGUGGUGAAGGCUGCGUGUGAUGGCUUGGAAGAGACAAAUUUGUGGCCUCUUAUCAUAAUAUCAACAAGUUUCUUUUUUGUAGAGUCCAGAUUGGAGGACUUCCCGAAGGCUUUUGCAGCCACUGUGGAAAUGUUAGAUGCUUUGAUGGCACUGGAUGAUACAAAAUUGAGAGCUGCUUUGGAAUCCUAUCAAUGUAUGGGUUCAGCUAGAGCAGGCCCUUUCCGAGCUCUUCAAGUUGUUUCCAUAUUUAUCUUUGUCAUUGAUAAUCUAUUUAAGAACCCAAAAGUGAAUGCCUCAAAGGACAGAAAUGAAAUGCAGCAGCUUGAGUUGGUCCAAUUGGCAAUGGCGGCGACAUUCGUUUUCAUGGGACGUUUUAUUGAUAGAUGUUUGAAGGCAAAAACGUUGGUCUCUUGUCCACUUUUAGCAGCUGUGCUUUUAUUCAUCGAAUGGUUGGUGACUGUCCUUGAUCAAGCAGAGCAAUAUGGGACCGAUGUUAAGAGUAUGAGCGCUACGUCUUACUUUUUUGGUGCUUUGUUGGAACUUCUGAAGAAGCUUGAUGGCAAAGCAAGUGAAGUCAAUUCUUCAAAUAGUACUGCACUUUGGGAAGACUAUGAGUUAAGAGGAUUUGCACCAAUAGCUGCUGCUCAUGUGUCACUAGACUUUUCAACUCAAUGGGGAGUUAUGGAGGGUUUUGAAAGCAGAGCUGAAUGCCGGGUGCACCGCAUUAUUAUUACUGCAGAAAAGAUCGCUGUAGGAUUAAGUAAUACUCGUAAGUGGGUCUUGUAUGAUGAAGUGGGAAUCAAGUUUGGCUGUGCAGAUUUUCUACAGAGGAAGGAAUCAGAGAAGGUGGAACUCAACAGUAAUGAUCUCGAAGUAAAAGAGCCUCAUCAGCAUGUCGACUGGGUCACAGAGGAAUGUGAUGAACAGAUUGUCUCGUUGGAAAGCUCAAGUAAAACAUUUGUGAACAGCAAAUCUGUUCCCACAGAAGAGGAAGAAGUUAUUCUAUUAAAGCCUCUCACCAGAUAUGGUUCAGCUCCACUUCAUGUUUUUGCUGGUAAUGAUCAAAGGCAAUCUAGAAAGACAGGUGAUCAAACAGUUCCUGCUGAUGAAUGUCUGCGCCGUGCCACAUCACUAUUAAUAGCAGAAAACCAGGCCGAGGGAUAUCCUUUCACAUUUCAUUCAGACAUGAGUAAUUUCAGCUCUGACGAGUCAUUCAAGAAGACAGAGUCCUCCAUAAAGGAUACAGCAGCUCACCCCUUUUUAGAUAUGCCCAUUGGUGCUGGGCCUCCGUCACUCAGCUCCUGGGUUCUCAACAGAGGAAGUUUGAGCAAUGAUAUGGAGAAAAAGGAAAAUGUUUUAAACGGACAUGGUUUGGCACCUAUCGAGGAAUCCUUAAAUGAUAUUUCUGUUAGUGAAAAUGAGGAUUCUGUCAUCAGUUGUGGACAUGAAUCUGCAACCACAUACGACUCUUCUUCUUAUUCAGCUCCAGUGCCUUCUGCCCCCUUAUUACCUGAUGAUGCUGUUUGGUUUAGUGAUCUUCAAUCUAGCUUUUCCGACCAGAAGAGGCCCAGUAAUAUGGACAAAACAGAUACUUAUACUGAUGCAUCAGAGGUCAAAGGUUUUCCAAGUUGGACACCUACUUAUAGACCACUUGACUACGGUCCCAGCGCCUCAGGCUUCAUGCAUGGUUACUCACCAUCUCGUUUAAUGACUUCUUCUGAAUGGCUUCGGCAAUACAGAGAAAGUCACAAUCUUGAGCGAGUCAACAGUGACCGGCCAGUUCAUUCUUACGUUCCAAGGAACCCGGAAAACUUCCAUACUCAGGAUGCUUCCAGGUUUGGUCUUUCUGAGCAAUGGCGAGCACCGCUGGGUUCUAAUCCAUUGAUGCAUGUGGAUAGGCCUCCGCCAUUUUAUCCAAGUUUCCCUCUUGUUUAUGGAGGAGAGGAACAAAGAGGCAGGCAGUUUAAUGGUUAUGAAAGACCAAGUCCUUAUGGGUGUGGUGAUAUGACAAGACUUCAGAGAUGAACCAAAGCCGCUUCAACAUUAUCUGAAAGAGCCAGAAUGGCUACUUCAGCGGGCUCCAACCCUCAGAGGUCCGGCACAUAUGGGAAACUGAAGUUUUUGCAGAAUAGCGUUGAUCUGAUUAUUGUAGUAGUUGCCUCUUUUCUUUUUUUCUUGGGAUUUCAGCCUCUGCAUAUGAAAAAUCCCUAGGCCUUAGAUAUCUUCUUGAAGUUUACAUGUAUCAUAUGAAAUCUAUGAAUCUGUGAUUCACUGAUUCUGAAUAUAAAUGUUCUAUUUAAGAAAGCAAAGAAGAGAAUCUGGUCUGCUGUUCU